AUGUAAAAUAAAUAAAAUUUUAUAGGUUUUGUUAAAGAAUAACUUAAAGGAGUUAAAGUUAAACAAACUAAAAUUGAAAAACAUGAUUUUAUGAAAACAUUAAAGAUGAUAGAAGAUUAGUUAUUAUAAUCAAUUAAAAUAGAUAAGAAGGCAAGUUGUGGAGAAAUAUAGCUUAAAAAAACAAAUCGAGAAGUAGAAUUGAAAUAAUAAAAACAAAUAAUCUAGCUUUAAUAAAAGCUUUCAUAAGCAUAAAAAGACUGCUAAGAUCUUAAAGAAUAAAAUCAUCAAAUAUAUACAGAAAUGAAAAAAUAAAAAUAAAUAAUAAAAUCUUUAGAAAGAGAAAAGUAAUAGUAUUAAAAAGACAAAGUAAUUUGGGAUAAAAAACUUUAAAAUUAAGAAGAGUUGUAUUCAACAAAUUUAAGAAUGACUGAUGAUGUUAAAAAGGUUUUAAAUAUGAUAAAUGAGGAUAUAGAUAGAGAAGCUGUGGUUAAAGCUAAGAAAAUGAAAUGAAG